AUGUCCCGCGCCCACACGAUUUGGGCUUUGCUUGACUUGUCUUCAUAUUUGCUUGUCGUCCUAGUUUGGGCUCCAGAAAAUUAUUAUCAUGAUUCAAAAAAUCCCUACACUCACAGACUUGCAAGUGCAGACGCAUCUGGUCGGAUCGUAAUAUGGGACGUUGCUUCCGCUACUCCCUUGGCUGAAGCAUCUGAAAACGAUAGUAGCGUCUGUGGUAUGCAUUGGAUUUCUGAUCAGGAUAUAUCCCGUGAUCUCCUACUUAUUCUUCACACCGAGAAUAAGCUUGUUUUAUGGAAUGCUCAAACUUGCACUCCUUUGUGGAAGAAGAAUUAUUCUUACAGCAUCAAUUCAAUGGCGUUCGACCCAUUUUCCUCACAUAAUAUAAUUCUUCAAGGACCAAAUCAAUUUAUUGUGGUAAAUGAUUUAUCCUGGAACUCGUCUCCGGAGACUUCUGGAAAGCAGAUUCUUGUGUCUGAUAUUGGUCAUUCCAAUGACGCCAGUGAAAUUGACGCUGCCGGGAAGCGAUUUUCUCAGACAAUUAAAGCGACAGCCAAAGCCGUCAUCGCCAAAAGUUUUUUUCGAUUGUCAACUUUACAAAAGAACAGUGAAAGGUUUCAUACAAGUAAUGCCUAUAUUGGCAACGAGGCGCCACUCCAAAUUCUUUACCACGGGUUUCGUAAGCAACAUACAGUUUUCGUGUACUCUCGGGAAAUCGUUUUCUUCGACAUGAUUCUUUCACAGUGCGUCGGCGGUAUUCGCUUAGACCAGUCGUCAGCUUCUUUCGUUCAAGUAUACUGCUGCCAUCAGGCCGAUGCUCUAAUAUGCUUGCACCAAAACGGUACUGUCAGUCUACACUACUGCCUAUCUGCGUUCAAACCUCCCCCUAUGGAGGAGGCGUUUUCGCACGCGCCUACCGACCUUAAAUACCACUUCCUAUGUGAAUCGAAGUCUCUGCGACGAGGUAGAAACCUUAGUGUUGUCGCUAUGACUGUCGAUCCUAGCACUGAGUUGACAGUCACGGUUGCGACUUCGGACGGUCGUUUGCAGUUUCUCUCAAUUGAAUCCGACGCUCCUUCGAAAGAUGGUUGGCCACAAUGGACACUUAUGGACAUGGUGAAGGCUUUGAAUCUUGAAGAAAUCAAAAGUGGUACAACUCUGCGUUUUCGGUUCACUGGCUUCUACUGCGGGGGAUCUCCUUCCCCAACGGUUUGUUGCGCAUGUCCACCCCACUUUUUGCUUCCUUUUGCCGCCAAGAUCAAGCACGAUUCACUCGUUGCCGUGGGAACUACACGCGGCACUGUUCAGAUCUGGGACCUAUGCACAACCAAAAUGUGGCGAGAGUAUCUUUUGGUCAACGGGCCCGUCUAUGGUCUGGCCUGGGGUAUACUCCGUGGGGAGGCAGGAAGCGGUUUGAUUCUCUUCGUGCACAGCCACCAGACCUCCGAGAGCUCCAGCGGCGGCAGCGGUAGUAGUGGCACAGCUCAGGAACCCGUCAAGCCGGCGCUUAGCGUCCACAACACCGUGGUGCGCAUCGAACUUGAGACAGGUCGACAGCAGCUAGUGCUUACACAAAGCGCCGAUAUCAAGGAGCUGCACCUCUUUAAACUGGCCAUGCAGAAACCGGUCUCCGCGAUCAAACCAAGCAAGUGGCUGAACGAGGCCUCGAAGAUGACCAAUUUCGCCACUGCCAAUGUCACACCGAUUCGAUCCUUAAAUAUUAGCAAUUUCGGACAAUACCUCGCGAUUCUUUAUGAAAAUUGGCCCCUGGAGAUCUGGGAUGCUCAGAGAUUAGUUCUUUUGAAGUCUUUCUCACUCCAGGGUUCCAGACCCGUAGCCCUGACCUGGUCCAACGCCAGCCUUUCAAGCUCUGCAUCCUCCCCUCAAAGCAACACUGUCGGAUUGAAAUCGUCAGCACUGUCGGGAGAUUCAAAUGUAGAAGAUUUUUACAUGCGUGAGACAUUUAUCCUAUGCACUUCACCUCUGAGUCUGAAACUCUUUACUGUGGAGGGCUUCAAUGUGGAUACCAUGCCCAUCUCCAACACGAUUGUUCAAAGCCUGCCCAGGAACAUUGGAAAUUGCAUAACUUGUGCGUCUUGGCGCUCGCCUAUGAUUGCCUUCGGCAUGGCUGAUGGCUGUGUAGCAGUUAGAAACUUACAAACUAAGAAGACUAUUACGAGAUAUAUGACUGGUUUCGUUUCUGACUCCAACUUUACUAAUAACCCAUCCACCUCUACGCCAGAUUCUAUAGGAUUCUCAAGCGCUAUUAAGGGAGAACUUAUCGGUGCAAAUGGCGAAAUUUUUGCAUUGAGCUAUGUCAAAAAGGUGGAAUUUUUAUUUUCUGGUGGAUUAUUUUGUCACCUACUCACGUUAUGCAACGGUGGCGUCGCGGUUUGGGAGCCUGAACAGAUGGUGCUGUUGUGUGCAACACGCUUCGGUGCCAGCCCGCAGAAGAUCCCCAUUGAUGCCACAUGGACUAGCGCUCCCCUCUCGCCACCUAAUUCCGCCCCCACUUGCGUCCUCCUCGCUCCCGACGGCUCCCUCCUCUUGGCCACUGCCGGCUCCAGUGCAGACAGUCGGUCGAUAAUCGAGUCGAGGGUGGAAUGUGGAGGGGCAAGUGCAGGGCAGGACAGUUCCCCCGAGGACCCUGACGAGUACCUGGCGGUCUCACAGUUCGAGUUCAACAGUUCACUCUCAACUGAUGUUGAGAGUAAUGACUUCCUGUAUUUACCCAGUCUCUUACCUACGAACGUAGCUCUGACCAUUCGACACCUGCUGCAGCACCAACCUUGGCGAUCAUCCUCCUCCUCCAUCCCAAAGGUGGACAAUGGAUGUGAAUUCAGGCCGGUUUCCAGCGCGGUUACCCUCGCGUGUCCUCCACUGGGUACCACCUUCGCCAAUGUUCAAUCCUCUGCCGAUCGCUUCUUCACUAAGUUCCGAAGUGUGAAGCAUUUAUGCGCUCCGUUUGAGUCCUCUCAGUUGAGCAUUGUGGAGCGUUGUCUGCUGACGGCUCAGCUAUUUGGCGACUCUUACGAGACGGCCUUUUGGCGUGUGGCGGCGUCCCAACUCUUGACGACGAAAAUAUCUACGGAGGCAGGAAUGGCGUCUGCGGCCAGCCGGUCGCGACGCUUUGGCCUCACUGACCUCGUCUGGGAUGAGCUGACCGAGGAGUCGACCUACCGCGCGGCCGUAGUCGAACGGGUCAAUCGUCUCUUACACGAGGCCACCGCUGAGCAAAGCAAACUCCGCACGCAAUUCCUUCUUAUGUUAGGCUUUCGACACGAGGCGAUAGAAUACCUGACCGGGUACCCAACGGAGUCAGCGUCCUUCAGUUUUAACAUCCACCGCGCCUGCCUCCUGGCCUCACAGGGCUAUAUUCGUGACUUGGAAGCUGCCAUCGCGGACGGUGAGAGCGAGUCACUCUCCGCGGCGAGGCUGAACUACACGAGUUCAGUGAAACUCUUGGCUGCAAGUCUCAUCUCUACCAACCGCCUCUAUGAGGGUGUGGAGAUGCUCUGCAUGCUGGGCAUGCAUCUGGAGGCUUGCCAAUAUCUGGAGACCUACAGGGAAUGGGAGACUGCUAUUUGGCUAGCCAAGUGUACCUUAAGCAAAAAAGAGUGUGACGGUGUAAUGCAUCGUUGGGCCACCUAUCUCGCAUCUACAGCGAAUUGCAAGACGCUGGCGAUUCUGGUUUUGGUGUACCUCGGACAACAUAAUUCAGUUCUCAGUCUGCUUAAAAGUCUCCGACAGCAUCAGCUGGCAGCCAGGUAUCUUGAAGCCUGUCUUGAAUGUCGUGCGGUGAUCCCUGAUCCGAAGACAGAAGAACUACACUCGCAAGUGUUCCUUGAAUUUGCCACGACACUAACCAGCAUUGGGCAGAGAGAGGCCGCUCUGUACUACGCAGGACUGGCAGGCGAUUUGGGCAAACCGCUGCGGGAUGAAAUUGACUUCCUUCUGAACUGA